AUGACGCGGGAUGGAUGGAACCGUUGCCUGGAAUUCAGACGCCUUGUGAACGCCAUCUUGGCUCUAAUGUCAGUAAAACAUGAAAUAGGGAUCAGGUCACAAGACGCCAUUUUGGCUCACCAGCUUCCUGGCCGACAGAUUUGUGGAACUCGGAGGGACCAUCAUCCGACUAGCGGUGGAUGUAACGUUCUGGGUGUUGGAUACAAUUUCAGCGUUCACAAGCCACACGAGGCGCACCCGACGGCGUUGUCACUGACAUGAACGUGGAUGUCUUGCAUUCGAGUUCGACAAGGCUGGAUUAUCCAUACAUAAGAGACAGUAUGGUGGGUUAAGCCGUUUGAGGUACUGGGCGUACACAGCGCAAUCAACACAGGAGCAAACCGGCCAUUCUGGCGUCAGCUAUCCCAGUAACCCAGAAAGUCAGGCGUUUUUGAUACCACCAUUAGCUCGCGGUGAAGCUUAGCUCCUUGGUAUGGACUGGAAGACUUGGCGGAUGACAAAUACUUUGCACUAAUAAUGCUGACCCGAAUCAUGCAAUUGUUUCCCCGCAAAGGAGGAAAAUCUCCACCCCCUGCGGUCUGGUCUGUGGUUACUGUUCAGCUAGCCCGCUAGCGAGCUAGCCAGCCCGCUCAGCACCAGAGAAGGUGGGGUGGGCGAACUUGGACUCUGGAGUGACCACUGCUCUUCUUUUCACUGUAAUUGAGGCUUACACAUUACCAGGUGUCAACGAUUUGUGAUAAUACGAGCCCGUGCACACCCUUAACUGUUGCAAAGGGGCUAUCUCUGCAGAGAGCAUCCCCCUUUACCUUUAAACCAUGGCGGACGACGACGUGCUCUUCGAGGAUGUCUACGAACUGUGUGAAGUGAUUGGCAAGGGACCCUUCAGUGUGGUUCGCCGCUGCAUCAAUAGGGACACAGGCCAGCAGUUUGCUGUAAAGAUCGUUGAUGUGGCCAGUUUCACCUCCAGCCCCGGCCUCAGCACUGAAGAUCUGAAGCGGGAGGCCAGCAUCUGUCACAUGCUGAAACAUGCUCACAUCGUGGAGCUGCUGGAGACGUACAGCUCUGAUGGCAUGCUGUACAUGGUCUUUGAAUUUAUGGACGGAGCUGACCUCUGUUUUGAAAUUGUGAAGAGAGCCGAUGCUGGGUUUGUGUACAGUGAGGCUGUGGCCAGCCACUACAUGCGGCAGAUUUUGGAGGCACUUCGCUACUGUCACGACAACAACGUGAUUCACCGUGAUGUCAAGCCUCACUGUGUGCUGCUAGCCUCGAAGGAGAAUUCUGCUCCAGUCAAGCUGGGAGGCUUUGGAGUGGCGAUACAGCUUGGAGAGUCGGGGCUGGUUGCUGGAGGUCGUGUCGGCACUCCCCACUUCAUGGCUCCAGAAGUUGUCAAGAGAGAGCCAUAUGGCAAACCAGUGGACGUGUGGGGAUGUGGGGUUAUCCUUUUCAUCCUUCUGUCUGGCUGCCUGCCUUUCUACGGCACAAAGGAUCGCCUUUUUGAGGCCAUCAUUAAGGGCAAAUACAAGAUGAACCCACGUCAGUGGGCCCACAUCUCAGAGAGUGCCAAAGACCUGGUGAGGCGUAUGCUGAUGCUAGACCCUGCAGAGAGGAUCACUGUUUACGAGGCUCUCAACCAUCCUUGGCUGAAGGAAAGGGACAGGUACGCCUACAAGAUCCACCUGCCUGAAACGGUGGAACAGCUGAGAAAAUUCAACGCAAGGAGGAAGUUGAAGGGUGCAGUGCUGGCUGCUGUAUCAAGUCACAAGUUUAAUUCCUACUACGGAGACCCUCCUGAGGAACUACAUGACUUUUCAGAAGACCCAACCUCCUCAGGACUGCUCGCUGCAGAAAGGGCAGUAUCGCAGGUUUUGGAUAGCCUUGAAGAGAUUCAUGCUUUGACGGACUGUAGCGAGAAAGAUAUGGACUUUCUCCACAGUGUAUUCCAGGAUCAGCAUCUCCACACCCUGUUGGAUUUGUAUGACAAAAUCAACACCAGGUCAUCUCCACAGAUUCGAAAUCCUUCCAGUGAUGGAGUGCAGCGAGCCAAAGAAGUACUGGAAACAAUCUCCUGUUAUCCAGACAACGCAGAGGCGAAGGAGCUGAGGAGGAUCCUUACACAGCCACACUUCAUGGCUCUGCUGCAGACCCACGAUGUGGUGGCCCAUGAAGUUUACAGCGACGAGGCGCUGAGGGUGACCCCGCCGCCGACUUCCCCUUACCUGAACGGAGACUCGCCAGACAGCACCAACGGUGACAUGGACCUUGAGAACGUUACCAGAGUUCGCCUAGUGCAGUUCCAGAAGAACACAGACGAGGCCAUGGGCAUUACUCUUAAAAUGAACGAGCUCAACCACUGCAUCGUAGCCAGAAUCAUGCACGGUGGAAUGAUUCAUCGACAAGGGACUUUGCAUGUAGGAGAUGAAAUCAGAGAGAUUAAUGGCAUCAGUGUCGCCAAUCAAACUGUAGAACAGCUCCAAAAAAUGCUGAGAGAGAUGAGGGGAAGCAUCACGUUCAAGAUUGUACCAAGUUACAGGUCCCAGUCCAAGUCUUGUGAGUUUGUGUUGCAGAAAGAGUCACCAGAUUUAUCUCAACAUUCGGCUGCGAAUGGUCAUGCAAGCGUCACCAGUUCCAUCCUGGAUCUACCAGCAACAAUUCAGCCCAAAGGUCGUCAGAUCUCCAGACCUGCUAUCAAGGACAAAUUGUCCAUCAAGAUCUAUGUCCGUGCUCAGUUUGAGUACGACCCGGCAAAAGAUGACCUCAUACCUUGUAAAGAAGCAGGCAUACGCUUCAGGGUGGGUGACAUCAUUCAGAUUAUCUCCAAGGAUGACCACAACUGGUGGCAGGGGAAGCUGGAGAAUACUAAGAAUGGCACAGCAGGCCUCAUCCCUUCGCCAGAGCUGCAGGAGUGGCGUGUGGCAUGUAUAGCAAUGGAGAAGACCAAACAGGAACAGCAAGCCAGCUGCACGUGGUUUGGCAAGAAGAAAAAACAGUAUAAAGACAAGUACUUGGCCAAGCACAACGCAGUGUUUGAUCAACUAGAUCUGGUCACAUAUGAGGAGGUGGUAAAACUGCCCUCUUUCAAGAGGAAAACACUGGUUUUGCUCGGUGCGCACGGCGUUGGCAGGAGGCAUAUCAAGAACACGCUUAUCACUAAACACCCCGACCGCUUCGCCUACCCCAUCCCUCACACGACUCGGCCUCCAAAGAAGGAUGAGGAAAAUGGAAAGAACUACUACUUUGUGUCUCACGACCAGAUGAUGCAGGACAUCAGCAACAACGACUACUUGGAGUAUGGCAGCCAUGAGGAUGCCAUGUACGGAACCAGGCUGGAGACCAUCAGGCAGAUCCACACUCAGGGCAUGAUCUCCAUUCUAGAUGUUGAGCCGCAGGCGCUAAAGAUCCUCAGGACAGCUGAGUUUGCUCCGUUUGUCGUCUUCAUCGCAGCUCCGACUAUAACACCGGGCAUGACCGAGGUUCCCAAGUGGUGUCGGAAACUGCCUGACGACUCCCUGCAGCGGCUCCAGCAAGAGUCGGAGAUGCUGCAGCAAACGUAUGCUCACUACUUUGACCAGACCAUCAUUAACAACGAGAUAGAUGACACAUUGCGUCUGCUGGAGGAGUCUGUGGAGCUGGCGUGCAACACCCCUCAGUGGGUCCCAGUGUCCUGGGUGUACUGACACACUAACAAGAGGAGCUCAGCUCACCCAAGCAUCCACAGACCCUCCUGAACGGAAGGUGCAAUCACCUGGAAUGUCGUAUGAUCAGAAUCCUGUAUUUGUGUAGACGAAUUGUUGCUAUAAGAAGACAAGAAGUAACUGUGCCACUUCAUGAAGGGUCCUUUUAUCUUUCAACGGUCUUGCAGGCCUUAAUGUGUACAUAUAUACAUAUCUAUCUGCAAUGAUAUAAAAGAUAAAAAAAAAAAUGUUAAGUGAAUACAGUUCUGUCUUACAUAGUCGAAGGCUAGGCGGGGGUGUGUUCUAUAUUUUGUACUUUUCUUUUUCUAAGUGAUGGAUGACUGCUCACACUCACAAGGCAAUAGCAAGCAUGACCUUCAGCAGGUGGAACCGCGUCCAGACCAGCUGAACUUUGAAGCACAUUCGAAGCUGCCACAGUGGGCACAAGUCGCUGGACUCCAAAAAGGCAACACAAAGCACAGGAAACUUGGCAGUUUCGUUCUCGCACCCUCUUAUUUAUUCCACCAUUGUGUUAAAAGGAGCAGUUUGUCAAGGCUCAUAUCCCACCCCCAACCUACGAUCGUCUUUGUUUACAUCGGAAUUUGCACAAGAAAGGACCAUGAAGAACAUGCGUAGCGCAUCUAAUUUUGGGUUUGUGUGCCAGUACCCCUCUCCUCACAUGGACUGUUCUCUGAAAGAGAACGUGGAAGAGAAAAUAAACUGCCUUAGUGAGGCGUGGGGAAUAAGUCAGUAACAUCUAUGCACCCCAGUCUCUCUUUGACAGACCAUCACGGCCAUUGUUUUCCCAAACUACAGUACAACGACUGCUACUCACCACACUACCACUCCUAGUUGAGGAGCCAAGCCUGUGUAGUAGAAGAGGGUAGGACUUCAUGUAGGUUGGACCUAUCCAAUGUCCGAGCUGAUUUUUUAUUUUUUUUUUGGUACUUAACAGUCGUGUUAAAACAAAUGACAAUUAUUCUUGUUCGGAGAGUGAGUUACACAAAACAACAAAAAAAACAUUUUGUGUGUAAAUGUUUCAGUGGCGCGUAUGUCAAAUUUGAGUGAACUACAAAGAGCCAGUGUUUAAUAGUGUUGAAAAAGAUGCUCGGUGUGUAACACGAUGUUGGCGCUUUACCAGAAGUAGCACAAUGCUGCCUCGUCAUCACAAUUUUUUUGUUAGUGCGGUUGCUUUUCUGUGCCUCUUCAUGUAAAGUGUUCUCAUAUCAAGUUGUGUAUAAAUGACUUCUGUAAAUGUCCAAAACAGCUCUUGUGUAUGACAUGUCAUUUUUUGUUAUUCCAUUUUGUAAAGAAAAAAAUAUAUAUCUUGAAUUGAAUGUGUGAAAGUAUAGAGACCUGUCUUCCUCGUGGCUUGGGCCGUGCGACCCAUUGGGAAUGCAGACGUCCAUGUUGAUACACGCAAUUGAGUGAAAAGGGAGAGUAGUUAGUAUUAUAAUGAGAACACGCGGAGCAGUCA